AUGAAGUUCACUACUGCCAUCGCCUUCCUCUGCCUGGUUGCGGCUCCAUUCGUCGCCGCAGAGGAGAUCACUACCUCAACCGCAACCAUGACCAUCACCAAGACUCUGGUUCGGGUCAAUUCUGUGACCCCAACUCCUAAUUCCAGUGUGAGUUCCAGCGCGGGCUCCAGCGCGAGCAACUUGACCACCAUGUCUGUUUCAACAUCGACUCCUUUGUCCCUCGCCGCCUCCACUACUUCUGCUGCUGCCGCUGCCGCUACCUCCACCGGCGCAGCGACCAACAUUGGCGCUGGCAUGCCAGCUGCCUUGGCCGCCGCCGGAUAUAUCGUUGUGAUGGUGGGCCAGGCCCUAUAA